GAUAUGGUUUAUCUUCUUUAAGUAAUAUUGUUUAAUAAUGUCGACUCUCUAGAUCCAAAUAGACUUGAAUUAAAAUGACAUUGUUCAUUGGUUACCAGAUUGGUUAUGCAUUUGUUUAAAUUGGAAUUGAUUUUAUAUACACAGCAUAGUAGAUUGUAUUGUAUUUCAGUUUGGGGUGGGCUAUGCACAAGAGAAUGGGACAAAAUCUUCCAAAUAAUGUCUUAGAACUAGGAAAGAUAACUUAUUAGUAAGGGUAAGAGUAUGGGAACAAAGAUCUUUAGGAAAUAAGGAAGCAGUGGAAAGAAUGAAAAGUCAGGAGUAGAAAAGUAACUCUUUCCCUUACUAGUACAUGUAAUUAUAGAUAUUUUAUAUCAAAGGCCUUACAUUUUCAUGUGUAUCACUUGAGAUUUUGUUAGAAAAGCAGAUUUUAUUUCUUCCCUUCCCUUUGCCCCUUCCCUGUUCUGAUUUUGUAGGUCUUGGGUGGGAUUUGGAAAUGUGUGUUUUAAUAACAUCUCACAUGAUUCUGAUGGAUGCGAUUUGUGGCCACUCUUUGAAAAACAGCUUCAUACGACCUGGUUAUAUUUCUGAAAUGUAUUUCUCAAUUCAAGGAGAAAUUUUCUUUAGCGCAUUUGCAUUGUCACUUGGUUGUUAACAACUGUGGGCUGUCUGCACUGUGUUGGGUGUUAAGCACUGUAGAAUCCUUACCUACGAUAACACCCCCCCGCCCCCGCCCCAACCAGCAGUUUGUAUGAGAGGGCUGAUCAGUAUGGGCAUUUCUAUACCUCAUUACUGCAUGAACAUGUCACAACUUUGAAUAUUUUGUUAGUUUUCCUUUUUUAUUUCAUUACUUUUGGACUUUGGUCUUGGGCCCAUCUAAUCUGACAUGACUUUUCUCUUUCCUAUAUCCUGAAUUCUUGUCCUGAUCAGUUGCUAGACAUGACAUCAACCUGACUGUUGUCCCAUAGUGCAGGAAGCAUCUGUAUUUUCUUUGGUUCAGUUCAGCACAUAUCUAUCUAGGGUAUACUGUGUGCCAGACACUGUAUUAGGCACAGAACUAUAGACAUGACGCUGAAAAUUCUCAAGUAGGAGUGUUUUACAUUUGCAUUGUGAAUUUCCUUCACCUUUUGCUAAUAAAUCUUAGCUUUUUUUUCUAAAUCUUGAGUCAAAUCCUUUACAAAAGAUAUUCUUGAGUUAGAGGAGGAAGUUGUUAGAUUUGUGGGUGUCUGGCUAGGUAGAUUUUUUUAAGUGGUAAGGUAUUACUAGAUAUUUGCUAAUGAGGAAGUAGUAUGGAGGCACUAAAUUUUGUGAACCUGAAAUAUGAAUGAAGUCUUAGACAUAAAUAAUGCCACAUAAAAUACAAAUUAAUUCUUUAGGGAAAAAUAAACCUAUUGCUUUUCAUUAACAGAUUUUAUUCAGUCAUUCUCUGUGACACUUAUACCUGAUUACUUCCAAGUGUGCCACCUCCAGGCAGUUUCAUGUAAAGAAGGCUACACAGUGUAUAGCGGUUUUCUUACCUUUUGUAUUUACUGUUUUUUUCCCCAAAGGUCCCAACUGUGGGAAAAUUAUAAGUAGCAAUUUAUCCUGAAGAGUUGGGGAACCUCUAUCUAAUAAACUGCAUCAUGAUCCCCAAUUAGUAUAAAUAAUUUCACAUAAUUUCUUAUUUUUUCUAUUUUUUGAAAUUAAUUGAACAUAUAUAAUAACCUGUCACUGUAAGUUAACUGAUGGUGCUCUUGGUCCAAAGUAAAGGAGCUCUAUGGUUAGUUAGGCUUCUUAAUCUAAAACUUGCCAUGUGAUUUCUUUUAGGCUUUUUAUAUUAGUGUUAAGAUAAUCCCUGAAUCCUUGAGAUUUUGUAAGAGCCAGGGACUGCUAUACAGUAAAAUCUUAGUUAACCAGACCUUAAUUGAUUAAAUCCCUUAAGAAUUCUAAAAUAUGUAUAUAGAGAGGAAGAGGCAAUGCUUGACUCUUUAAAUCAUAAUAAAUUAUAGAAAAUGUAGAACCAGGAUUUUGGUUACCAAAACAAUCUCAAAUUUAAGGCUAAGUGAACACAUCCACUCACCCAUCCAUCCGUCCAUGUAUCUAGGGUACAGUGCAGUGAAAACUCUUACCAAAAAGAGGCCAUUACGCAUCUAAAACACUUUGAGAUCAAAUUGUGAAAGAAUUCAUUCAGCUUUUUUCUAAUUUCUGAUUCUCUUUUUUAACAGAAAUAAUAUAUAUGCAGGAUGAAACAUUCCACAUCUAUAUGUAGGUGUUUGAUACACACAUAUAUGUAUAUGUUUGGGUGUUUGUAUAUCCACAUAAAUAUGUAGAUAUUUCAACUGCAGAUCACUUUGUUUGCCAGUCAUUUAGAGGAUCUUGUUUGUGGAUUUUAAGGCCUUUCUAUCAAAUCAUUCUCAUCUCUUGCUGUUUAUUGUAAGAUGUAUGUCAUACUGACUGUGAUAGUAAGCCCAUCAUGGGGAUAGUGGUUAUGACUUCUGGGUAUAAUAAGGGCUGAAAAGCAUGAGGAUGAAAUUCCUUUAUUCACUAAAUGUAAGUGAAAUUUACUCUUUGAUUAUUGCUCUACAUCCCAAGUCUUAUUAAAUUUAAAUCUGCCUUCUAAAUUGAGGAUGACUUGAAACCUUAACAAAAUAAUUUAAAAAACCUAAUUCUGAUGCUAAUAAGAGAAAUCAAGGUUGUCUAUUGUUUGGAGUUUUCCCUUUAUCAUCUUUAGCUGGCCAGUCAAUCCUUAAUGAGUUAAUCCUUACACUAGUUUUUUUUUUUUUUUAACCAUCCAUAGCCAUCUAAUUUUGAUUUCCCUAUCAGUUUACUGAAUUGCUGUUCUUAGGUAUCUUGCUAGCAACUGCAAUGUCACAAAGACCAGUUCACAUUUAUGAACAUGAUGUCAUUCUGAAUGCUUAUACUUGGGAACAUCAUUAUUAGUUAUCUUGAUAUUUCAUAAUGAUCAGAAAAGUGGGAUGUGAGCACUGUUGAUUUUGUUCAGGAGGCUAGGUUGUGAUACUUUGGUUUUUAUCUUGCUCACCUGAAAAAGUUAGCAAAUACCAUUGCUUUACUGAUCUUUAAUAUGAUGUACAUGGAACUUAAUUUUAAGAUGGUCUCCCAAAGAGUAUACUAGCUUCUAGAUUUGGGCUUAUUGCCUUAUUGGUCACAUUAGGCAGCAAAAUUCUGUGGUAGCUUAGAUGCUGUUUUUCUGCUUAUCUCUCUCCUGAACUUCUAUUUCUUCUUUCAGGAAAUUUUCUCUUUGUAGAAGAAAAUACAGUUGCUUUCCUCUGUAUUUCCUCUGAGACCUAUUGCUCAAGUCUUACCUCAUUUCUGGAACCUUCUAGCAUCUUUUAUUAGGUGACCAUAUUAAUUUGGUGAGCUCCUCAAUGCCAUCAUUUCCCAUUCUCCAACGGUCUUCUGAAGAGAAAAUUCUUUAUUCAGACAGGUUGACUCUAGAAAGGCAAAAGCUGACUGUAUGUCCUAUCAUCGAUGGGGAAGAACACCUUCGUUUGUUGAACUUCCAACACAAUUUUAUAACUCGGAUCCAAAAUAUUUCUAAUCUACAGAGGCUAAUAUUCUUGGAUUUAUAUGAUAACCAGAUUGAAGAAAUUAGUGGCCUUUCUACUCUGAGAUCCCUCCGAGUCCUUCUAUUGGGAAAAAACAGAAUCAAGAAAAUUUCAAAUCUGGAGAAUCUAAAAAGCUUAGAUGUCUUAGACCUUCAUGGAAAUCAGAUUACCAAAAUUGAAAAUGUCAAUCAUUUGUGUGAUUUGAGAGUUUUAAAUCUUGCCAGGAACCUUUUAAGUCACGUUGACAAUCUUAAUGGGCUGGAUUCACUGACUGAACUUAACCUGCGACACAAUCAAAUCACUUUUGUGAGAGAUGUGGAUAAUUUGCCCUGCCUCCAACGUCUGUUUCUCAGCUUCAACAAUAUAUCUACUUUUGAGAGUGUUUGCUGCCUUGCUGACUCUACUUCUCUCUCAGACAUCACUUUUGAUGGCAAUCCAAUAGCUCAAGAGUCAUGGUACAAGCACACUAUCCUUCAGAAUAUGAUGCAGCUACGCCAGCUAGAUAUGAAGAGGAUCACGGAAGAAGAAAGGCGUAUGGCAUCGGUUGUAGCCAAAAAAGAGGAAGAGAAGAAGCGGGAAAGUCAUAAGCAGUCUUUGCUUAAGGAGAAGAAAAGGUUGACUAUUAACAACGUAGCUCGAAACUGGGACUUGCAACAAAAUCGAAUAACCAAUAUUGCUGCAAAUCAAGAGAGAAAAGAUUCUGACUCUCAGGACAACUCUCAGAAUGAUGGAGGCACCAUCUCUGCAUUUCCAGAGGAAACAGGGUCUUUGGACUCAGGACUCACCAGUGCUUUACAAGGUCUGUCUGUCACAGACACACAUCUUGUUGAAGUGGAUGGGGACACACUUUCCUUGUAUGGCUCAGGAGCACUGGAAUGUCUGGAUCGGAAUUGGAGCGUGCAAACAGCAGGAAUGGUGACAACAGUGUCCUUCACUUUCAUAGAAUUUGAUGAAAUUGUCCAAGUGCUUCCCAAAUUGAAGAUUAAGUUUCCUAAUUCUCUGCACCUUAAAUUCAAGGAAACAAAUCUUAUAAUGCUGCAGCAGUUUAAUGCACUAGCACAACUCCGUCGUGUUGACCAGUUGACAGUUGAUCCUCAAGGAAAUCCAGUUGUCAGUUUUACACUCUGGAAAUAUUAUGUCCUAUUUAGGCUGAGUCAUUUUAGCAUGCAGAAAAUAAAUGGAACAGAGGUAACACAAAAUGAUAUGAUAAUGGCUGAAAGGCUCUUUGGAAUCCUAGCACAUGUAGCAUCUUCUGAGUUACCCCAGUACCGUCUGAUUUCAAUUCUGGGUGAUGCCAGGAAGAAGCAAUUCCGGUAUCUUUUAGAAACCAAAGGGAAAAAGCCUGGUAUUGCCAGUGAAGAAAAUAAUGAUAGCAAGAGACUUGUAGGAGAAAAUACAAAUCGUGCUACGCUAAAUUAUACCACAAGAGACUUUUAUAAUGAAAAGCUAGAGGAAAUAAAAGAAAAAAAGAAAUUCUGCAAGAUGUAUAUCGAGGACCUUGUGAAGGAAGCUACAGAAAUCAACAUGAAAAAUGAGGCUUUGCAGAAGCUUUGGCCUCAGAUGUUCAUUGAGCUUGUUAGAGAUGCAGUCAUAGAAAUUCGCAAUAAAAAUUCCUAUAUGAAGCUUUGCCUACAGCAGAUAACUGACCAAAAAUAGAAAUGGCUUUUAGUUACAGUUGAUAUUAGCAGUUUU